AUGUUAAAAGUCAGUCUCCCCCUCUCCUCUGUGCCUCCUUCUCUCUCCUCCCCUUCUCCUUCCUCCCCACUCUCCUCCCCUUCUCUCUCCUCCCUUCUCUCUCCUCCCCUUCUCUCUUCUCCCCACUCUCUUCGCCCUCCUCUCUCCUCCCUUCUCUCUCCUCCCCACUCUCUACUCCCUCCUCUCUCCUCGCCUUCUCUCCUCCCAACUCUCUCCUCUCCUUCUCUCCUCCCCACUCUCUACUCCCUCCUCUCUCCUCUCCUGCUCUCCUCCCCACUCUCUACUCCCUCCUCUCUCCUCGCCUUCUCUCCUCCCCACUCUCUCCUCCCUCCUCUCUCCUCUCCUUCUCUCCUCCCCACUCUCUACUCCCUCCUCUCCUUCUCUCAUCCCCACUCUCUACUCCCUUCUCUCUCCUCCCCUUCUCUCCUCCCAACUCUCUCCUCCCCACUCUCUACUCCCUCCUCUCUCCUCCCCUUCUCUCCUCCCUCCUCUCCUCCCCACUCUCUACUCCCUCCUCUCUCCUCUCCUGCUCUCCUCCCCACUCUCUACACUCCCUCCUCUCUCCUCCCCUUCUCUCCUCCCUUCUCUCCUCCCUCCUCUCCUUCUCUCCUCCCCACUCUCUACUCCCUUCUCUCUCCUCCCCUUCUCUCCUCCCAAUCUCUCUCCUCCCCUCUCUCUCCUCCCUUUCUCUCUCCUCCCCUUCUCUCUCCUCCCCUCUCUCCUCCCCACUCUCUACUCCCUCCUCUCUCCUCUCCUGCUCUCUCCUCCCCACUCUCUACUCCCUCCUCUCUCCUCUCCUCCCCACUCUCUCCUCCUCCUCUCUCUCCUCUCCUCUCUCAUCCCUCUCUCCCUCUCUCUCUCUCUCUCUCUCCUCCCCUUCUCUCCUCCCAACUCUCUCCUCCCACUCUCUACUCCUCCCUCCUCUCUCUCCUCUCCCCACUCUCUCCUCCCCCUCUCUCUCCCCCUCUCUCCUCCCCUCUCUCUCUCCUCCCUCCUCUCUCCUCCCCUCUCUCCUCCUCCCUCUCUCUCCUCCCUCCUCUCUCUCCCUCCUCUCUCCUCCCCUCUCUCUCCCUCCUCUCUCCUCCCUCCUCUCUCCUCUCCUCUCUCCUCCCACUCUCUACUCCCCCUCUCUCCUCCUCCUCUCUCCUCCCUCUCUCCUCCCUCCUCUCUCCUCUCCUUCUCUCCUCCCCCACUCUCUACUCCCUUCUCUCUCCUCCCCUUCUCUCCUCCCAACUCUCUACUCCCUUCUCUCUCCUCCCCUUCUCUCCUCCCUCCUCUCUCCUCUCCUUCUCUCCUCCCCACUCUCUACUCCCUCCUCUCCUUCUCUCAUCCCCACUCUCUACUCCCUUCUCUCUCUCCUCCCCUUCUCUCCUCCCAACUCUCUCUCCCUCCCCACUCUCUACUCCCUCCUCUCUCCUCCCCUUCUCUCCUCCCUCCUCUCCUUCUCUCCUCCCCACUCUCUACUCCCUCCUCUCUCCUCCCCUUCUCUCCUCCCUCCUCUCUCCUCCCUCCUCUCUCCUCUCCUUCUCUCCUCCCCACUCUCUACUCCCUCCUCUCUCCUCUCCUGCUCUCCUCCCCACUCUCUACUCCCUUUCUCUCUCCUCCCCUUCUCUCUCCUCCCCUCUCUCUCCUCCCCACUCUCUACUCCCUCCUCUCUCCUCUCCUGCUCUCCUCCCCACUCUCUACUCCCUUUCUCUCUCCUCCCCUUCUCUCUCCUCCCCUUCUCUCCUCCCCACUCUCUACUCCCUCCUCUCUCCUCUCCUGCUCUCCUCCCCACUCUCUACUCCCUCCUCUCUCCUCUCCUCCCCACUCUCUCCUCCCUCCUCUCUCCUCUCCUUCUCUCCUCCCCACUCUCUAUUCCCUCCUCUCCUUCUCUCAUCCCCACUCUCUACUCCUUUCUCUCCUCCCCUUCUCUCCUCCCAACUCUCUCCUCCCCACUCUCUACUCCCUCCUCUCUCCUCUUAUGCUCUCCUCCCCACUCUCUACUCCCUCCUCUCUCCUCCCCUUCUCUCCUCCCUCCUCUCUCUCCUCCCUCCUCUCUCCUCUCCUUCUCUCCUCCCCACUCUCUACUCCCUCCUCUCUCCUCUCCUGCUCUCCUCCCCACUCUCUACUCCCUCCUCUCUCCUCCCCUUCUCUCCUCCCUCCUCUCUCCUCCCUCCUCUCUCCUCUCCUUCUCUCCUCCCCACUCUCUACUCCCUCCCUCUCCUCUCCUGCUCUCCUCCCCACUCUCUACUCCCUCCUCUCUCCUCCCCUUCUCUCCUCCCUCCUCUCUCCUCUCCUUCUCUCCUCCCCACUCUCUACUCCCUUCUCUCUCCUCCCCUUCUCUCCUCCCAACUCUCUACUCCCUUCUCUCUCCUCCCCUUCUCUCCUCCCUCCUCUCUCCUCUCCUUCUCUCCUCCCCACUCUCUACUCCCUCCUCUCUCCUCGCCUUCUCUCUCCCCACUCUCUCCUCCCCUUCUCUCCUCCCUUCUCUCUCCCCACUCUCUCCUCCCAACUCUCUCCUCUCCUGCUCUCCUCCCCACUCUCUACUCCCUUCUCUCUCCUCCCUUCUCUCUCCUCUCCUGCUCUCCUCCCCACUCUCUAUUUCCCACUCUCUCUUCCCCUUCUCUCCUCCCUUCUCUCUCCUCCCAACUCUCUAUUUCCCACUCCCUUCUCCCCUUCUCUCUCCUCGCCUUCUCUCCUCCCCUUUUCUCCUCCCCACCCUCUCCCACUCUUGUUGUCUUGUGCCACGUGCUUGCUCCAACACAAAUGCCUUGA